UCCUCGCCGUGACGCGCCCGCCCUGGCCGCAGAGGCGGCUCCGAGUCCAGAGGCUGCAGCUGGUCGGCGCAGAGGCUGCGACUGCAAAGGCGGAGCGGCAGCCUUCCCUUCGCAUGGACGCCCCUUAGCCGGGCUUGGCUGGCAGGCGCGGUGCUCCUGCACCCAAGCCGGCUCGCUUCCCUCUUUCCCACGCACCCGUCCCCCCUCCCAAUGAUGCUCCCCAGCCCCGCCACCUCCACCCCCUUCUCGGUCAAGGAUAUUCUGAAACUGGAGCAGCAGAGUCUCGGGGGCUCCCUCGAGCCGCCCUUCCCCGUCGCCGCCUCUGCCUCCUGCCUGCUGGGGUGCCGCAGCUUCUCCGACGGGGAGGACGACGACGACGACGACGAGAAGCUGCCCUUCCUCAGCUCCAUGGCGGCGACGGGGAAGAGCGCCACGGAUGGGGGGCUUUCCCCAGGGAGCUACGUGCAGGCGGUGCUGCGGGGCACCUGCGAGCCCAAGGCGCUGGCGGGAGAGGGAGAACCGGCGCUGGAUUCCGGAGCCGGGAAGGAGCCCACGGAGGAGUCGUCGGAGCGGCCCAAGGCGCGCGGCCGGAGGAAGCCUCGGGUGCUCUUCUCGCAAGCGCAGGUCUUCGAGCUGGAGCGGCGCUUCCAGCAGCAGCGCUACCUGUCGGCCCCCGAGCGCGAGUUGCUGGCUAGCAGCCUGAAGCUCACGUCCACGCAGGUGAAGAUCUGGUUCCAGAACCGACGUUACAAGUGCAAGCGGCAGCGGCAGGACAAGGCCCUGGACUUGGGCGGCCCGACGGCGGGGAUGCCUCCGCCGUCGCAGCAGCCUCCGCCUCCGCCGCGCAGGGUGGCCGUGCCCGUGCUGGUGAGGGACGGCAAGCCCUGCCUGGGUGGCUCGCAGGCCUACAGCGCGCCCUACAACGCCGCCUCCGCCUAUCCUUAUAAUGGCUUCCCCAACUACGCCUACGGCGGUUCCCCAGCGGCUGCUUACGGGGCUGGCUACGGCUGCAGCUACCCGGCGGCAAACAGCGGGGGCCCGUCGGUGCAGCCACCUGCGGGGCCCUACAUGAACAUGGGCGGCUUCGCGGGCGGCGCGCAGCCCCUGCACCAGGGUCCCGCGGGGCCUUCCUGUAGUCAGGGCAUCCGAGCUUGGUAGCCCCGGCCGACGGAGAGAUCGAGCAGCGAGCGCGGUUCAGAGCCACGAGCCCAGUCCCCGGUCGCUGGCUGGGGCCCGGCGAGGCAGGCGGGCAGCCGGAGAAGCGGCGCUUCCUCCCGACUGGGAGACCCGACCACGCAAGAAGGUGCGCCGCGCUAGCACAGGUCGUGGCUCCAUCCUCCACCCUCAGCACCUUGCCAGCCGUGCUUCAGUCCACGGUGUUACACGGCCUCGAUCGCCGCGGCGGCACCGGCUCUGCUGGACACUCUUCCCACUUGGACUCUCUUCCCUCAUUCCCGGCGGAGCUGCCCGCAGCCAAAGCUCUCCUGGGGAAAGGGGCGCGGCUAGAGACUCCGCGCCAAGGCCGAGCAGGAACGGGAACGGGUGGAGGCCAGGCUCUGCCAGAAAGCAGCUUCGCUUGUACAAAGCCAAAGCCGGGGUGGAGGCCGCCGCGAGCCACCCCUUGUUGUUGUCG